UCAAUGCUGUCAACCGUCAAAAACUCCCCAAAUCAGGUGUUUAUGUUUGAGAUUCGGUUUUCGUUUUUCCAAUUUCGCGAAGACAAUGGUUGAAGAGGUGAAAAACAACCUUCAGGAUCUUCUCUCAAAAGUGCCCGGUUUGUACAGCGUGAUCAUUACAGACCGUGAUGGCGUCCAUCUACUCAAAGUUAGCACAGACAAAGCCCCCGAACACGCAAUGAGGCCUAAUUUCAUCUCAACGUUUGGACUGGCUGUGGAUCAAGGGAGCAAACUUGGACUCGGGAAGACGGGAACUCUGAUAUGUGUGUACUCGCAAUAUCAAGUUAUCCAAAUGAACAAACUCCCACUUAUCGUUACAUUUAUUGCUAGUGAUUCUUGCAACACAGGACACAUUCUGGCAAUACAAAAACAAUUAGAUCCUAUAGUUUCAAGUCUAGCACUCGCCGUCGCCGAAUCGUAAUUUCUAUGUAUGCUUUUCUUUAUGUAUAAACUUAUAAAUAAAUCAUUUUUAUAUGCUA